AUGGCUAGAAGCAAACUGUUAGUCCUGAGUUUAUUUUAUGCGCAGCUUGUGACUGCGUUUUUGUCUUCCCUUCAGCCUGCGACGGUACAUCAGGCAGGGAAAGACCAAAAGGUACUUUCGUUUUUCGCGUAUCGAAGAUCUCCUCUACUCUUCGUAUCUAACGAUGAGUCGCCAAGCGUGAACAUCGAUAGUGCGAAUGAACACAAUUUGCGAUUUUCCGGAGUUGGAAGGCUUUACACAGACCACAACGUGCCGUUUCCGACUGAAAACCCUCAUUUGACAAUACUCGACAGUCUCAUGAAGGCUACGGUCGUCGUCAUUGGGCUGGGCGGUGUAGGAUCUUGGUCCGCGGAAGCGUUGUGUCGGAGUGGUAUAGGCAAUCUGGUACUUAUUGAUAUGGAUGAUAUAUGCAUCUCCAACACUAAUCGACAGGUGCACACCUUGUCCAACACCGUCGGCCGGAUGAAAAUCGAAGAAAUGAAGUCGCGGCUUCUCGGAAUAAAUCCCGAUUGUAAUGUUACUCUGAUUCACGAUUUUGUCGGGCUCGAUAAUGUAAAUGAGCUAUUUCAGCGAAUCGGUCGACCGAGUGCUGUACUGGACGCCAUUGACGGUAGCAACGAAAAGGCGGCUCUACUGGCCGCAUGCGUAGAUCGCCGCAUUCCCGUGGUGACUGUGGGAGGAGCUGCGGGAAUCACGGAUCCCACGCAGAUUGUUUGCGAAGAUUUGACAAUGGCUUUCAGCGACAAACUACUCGGGAUCUGUCGCAAGACGCUACGAAAAUCCUACGGCUUUGCUAGAGGGCUUUCAUUUCACGAAAUGCAGAGAGAAAAGCGUAAAGUGAAGAAAUGGCACAUUGCUGCUGUGUAUUCUCUGGAAGGGCAAAAAGCGGUACCGACUGUGGCCGAUACAUCUUCCUUCCGAAGAUGUGAUGGUGCUCUCGGAACAGCAUGUUUUGUGACGGGUACCUUUGGGUUUAUAGCGGCCUCUCGUAUUGUCGACAUGAUUGCGAAGGGAAAAUUGAUAACGCCUCGAAGAGGGUGA